AUGUAUUCGUGGCUUACGCUUUGUGACGUUUACUACUAUCCUUGGAUUGAUUUCAUUCCCAAGUAUAAAGGGUUUGAGUAUAGACAGACGAUCGUAAAAUUUGACGAUGGAACCGUCACACAUCAAUUCGUUCAAGUUCCAAAGUCUGACUUGUCCGAGAGGGUUGCUCAACACGAUGCUUCCGGUCGCUUGAUCCGGGAAGAAGUAUACUAG